AUGGUUGUAGAUGACACUCCACCAAACUCUCUAGGUGAUAACCCUAUUUCACCUCCAUCGAUAAAUCUCCCUCAACCAUCUCAUCCUCCUCUUCGCACUCCUUCACCUCUUCCCAACUCUCCUCUCCAAUCUGAUGCUGCCAAAAAGGGGGAGAAUAAUCAAGGGUUGUCUGAUCAGCAAAUGCAUAUGAUUAUAAUAGCACUAACUUUAUCUCAGUCUGAGAUUCAAUCCUUGAAAGAGGAAGGAUUCCUUCUUAGGGGAGUUCAUGACGUUGGAGUUGGAAGCUCUUCUACUGUCAUUGCUUGUGAUCCUUCAGCACCUCUUCCUAACAAGAAAAUCAAGCUCAUCUUUGAUCUAAAUGAAUUAGUAGAAAUGUGGAGGUUAUCCAUUGAGGAAGUUAGAGAAAUGAUGUUAGAGUAUAAUGCUGAUGUUCGACAAAAGAACGAAGCAAGAAAAGAAGAAUGUCUAUCUGCCAAACUUGCUUAA